AUGGUUUCCUUCACAGCUGAAAAUGUUACACGACUUUACAACAUUGUCGCCACCCAGGAGCUCAGAGUCAGUCCAGCGAAUUUCCAUAAUAAUUCAGGAGUGCAUCAGCUGAAUCAGUAUGAAUGUAUUAAUUCAGAUGUAUGGAAAUGGCUACAGAAUUUUCAGCCUGGAUUCCUCUGGUUUAUAUUUAUUCUAGGAGCAAUAGAAAAUUCUUUUGUCCUCAUUGUCCUGUGUUUCCACAAGAGUCGCUGCACAGUGGCAGAAAUUUACCUAGCAAACAUGGCACUUGCUGACCUAAUGUUAGUCUGUGCUUUGCCUUUCUGGGCCAUUAAUAUUUCUAAUAAUUUUCAAUGGCCUUUUGGCCUGUUCCUCUGUAAAGCUGUCAACAUAAUGAGUAACAUGAACUUUUAUUCUAGCAUUUAUUUCCUGACAUUAGUGAGCAUUGACCGCUAUCUGGCCCUGGUGAAAACCAUGUCUCUUGGACGGAUGCGACGAACUGCCUGUGCCAAAUGGAAUAGCUUUGUGGUCUGGACAUGUGCAUUGCUCAUAUGUUCACCUACAAUGGUGUUCCGAAAUUUACAGUAUUACGAAGAAUACAACAUCACAGCCUGUGGUCUUGUUUACCCAUCCAGUUACUGGGAGCCUGCAAACAACUGCUUGCUGAAUAUUGUGGGCUUUGUGAUCCCACUCUGUGUAAUCACCUACUGCACUAUGCAAAUCGUCAAAGCGCUACGAAGCAGUGAGCUGCAAAAACUCAAGUUAGUCCAGACAGAGAGGAGAGCCACCGUUCUGGUCCUUGCUGUGCUCUUGCUGUUCAUCGUUUGCUGGCUUCCGUUCCAGAUCAGCACGCUCAUCGACACAAUCCGUUACUUUGCACCCACUUUCAAAUGCCUGGAAGAUAUCAAUGACAUAGUGACCCAGAUAGCUACGUACUGUGCCUUUAGCAACAGCUGCCUGAACCCAGUCCUGUACGUAAUUGUUGGGAAGCACUUCCAGAAGAAGGCUGUGGAAUUCUACAAGGACUUGUUCCCAAAAAGAUGCAGAAAAUCACAGUCUGUGCAGAUGGAAAACUCUCUGGACACUUUAAGAACUUCCAUUUCAAGUGAAUGCCCAAGAAAAAAGUCUGUUUUCCAGUCACCACGAUAG